GAGAAUCUAACAUAAUAUUUUACUCUACCCAAUAUAUAUUAAUUAAACACACCCACUAAUUUGGUCAUGUCAGGAAUAUAUUCUAAAAUCUUUCUUUCUUUUUUUUCAAGUGGCAUGGGUAGAUUUUAGCAUAUGCCAAACAUAAGAUAGUACUAUUAUAUAUUGAGUACUAUAAAAAACAGCAUAGAGAAGCACAAACAAAAUCAAAUUUUGUAAGCCAUUGAACCUCAAACUCCUCAAAUCCAUGGCCAAUAGUGAUGACAAUAAUACUACUACUAAAAAGCUUCACAUAGUUAUGUUUCCAUGGUUAGCUUUUGGUCAUAUUAUCCCAUUUCUUGAACUUUCCAAAUUCAUAGCUCAAAAAGGUCACAAAAUUUCUUUUAUUUCAACUCCAAGAAACAUUGAUAGACUCCCAAAACUACCCCCUCAAUUUUCUAAUUCCAUAAAUUUUGUUAAAAUCCCACUUCCACAAGUUGAUGGAUUACCAAAAAAUGCUGAGGCCACUAUGGAUGUAACAAAUGAAGAAAUGAUUUAUCUCAAGAAAGCAAUGGAUGGUAUGGAAAAAGAAGUGGCUAAUUUCUUGGAAACAAAUUCUCCUGAUUAUAUCAUUCAAGAUUUUGCACAAUAUUGGUUGGCUCCAAUUUCAUCAAGAUUAGGUAUAUCAAGAAUUUACUAUAGUAUAAUCAAUGCUUGGUUCAUUUCCUUCUUAGGUCCCAUUGAACACAUGAUCUACACCAACAAUACUUCACCUCCAAAGUUGGAGGAUUGUUUGGUACCACCAAAAUGGAUACCAUUUGAAACAAAGGCAGCAUAUCGCCGCCACGAGGCACAGUGGUUGGUUGAGUCUAGUAAGAAAAAUGUUUCUGGUGUUUCAGACAUGUAUCGUCUUGGUGUUACAACUAAAGGGUUAGAUGCAACUAUUGUUCGUCAUUGUUAUGAGUUUGAAGGUCAGUGGUUGAAAUUACUAGAAGAUAUGCAUGGUAUACCUGUGAUUCCCACAGGGUUGAUGCCACCUAUAGUGGACAAAGGUAGUAGUGAUGAAAAAAAUGAAUCUUGGAUAUCGAUUAAAGAAUGGUUAGAUGAGAAAUCCAAAGGUUCAGUUGUUUAUGUAGCAUUAGGAAGUGAAGUGACUGUUGGUCAGAGUGAGAUCGAUGAGCUAGCUCUUGGGUUGGAGUUAUCAGGACUAUCGUUCUUUUGGGUCCUGAGGAAGACAUUAGAGUCAGGUCUCAAGUUACCUGAUGGUUUUGAGGAAAGAACUAAAGGUAGAGGUGUAGUAUGGAAGAGUUGGGCGCCUCAGUUGAAAAUACUGAGUCAUGACUCAGUUGGUGGAUUUCUGACUCAUUGUGGAUGGAGCUCGAUCAUAGAAGGGCUAAUGUUUGGUCAUCCGUUGAUUAUGCUACCUUUUCUAGUAGAUCAAGGACUGAACGCUCGAAUCCUAGAGGAUAAAGGGGUUGGUGUAGAAGUUCCGAAAAAUGAAGAGGACGGGUCCUACACGGGUGACUCCGUGGCUAAGUCAGUGAAACUAGUAAUGGUGGAAAAUGAUGGAAAGAUAAUUCGAGAGAAAGCUAAAGAAAUGAUUUCCAUAUUUGGUAACAAAGAGCUUCAUGAUGAGUAUAUAGAAAAUGUGAUUAAAUUCUUGGAAAAUCAUGGGAAAGGGAAGAAUUAAUUAGCCAUAAUUUAUUUUGAAUCUUAAAUCUUAAUGUAAGACAGAAUAAAGUACACCAUUUUAGUGAAA